AUGGCCGAAGUGUUGGUGUUGCCAAAGAUCUACGCCACAUCCGUCAACUUCCAGCCAUCAGUCGAUUUCAAGAAAAAGCGUAGCUCGUCGAAAAAGAACUACCGCCCCGCCACAAAAGCGUCGAGUCUCCCACCUAUCCACCCGGGCGAGAGUACAAAUUCAUGGCAUUCACCGGGCCCGAAGCGUAAUAAUUCGGUAGCCGCAGAAAGAUCAACUUCAGCUGUCAAUCGAUUGAAUGGAAACCCGAAGAAUGAGCUUGAUACCUCGCUCGAUCGCAUCCGUUUUCAUGCGCUCCAAAAGCGAUCCGAGCUGAAUAACAACCAUCUCGAGAAAAAUGGGACUGGCCCUGCUACAGUAGCCACCACGGCAGCGCCCCAAAAAGCAGCUGCGAAGCCUCGAGUAGCAAAAAAACCGGCCGCCCCUCAACCAGCGCUCGAUUUGGCCGCGAUGGGGCGGGCCAAGAGCGAGACACAAUUGUUGUUCGAAGACCGCGAAAAUCGACAGCCCUACAAUAUGGAUGACGCGCCGAUACGACCCGCAAAAAAUCCAGUAUAUGCUGACGAAUACCCACCGAGCCAGCCGCUAUCCAGUGGAUUGGUAAAGAAGAGCACAAGUCAGCACAGCUUGCCGGCGGCUACAAAUGCGCAACGGUCCAAAAAGCACACCUUCCUUCGCUCGGGCACUGGCAAUCGGGUAAAGCCAACGCCUCUCAGCCAAACUGCCGCUGCAAUAAACUCAAAGUCACCGCAGUCUGUGGCCACCGGUGGUGUAGCUGGUGCCUUGAAAUUGAUGAGCCAUGAAGAAUGGCAAGACAAAAUUGACGGCAUCAACCAGAUCUGCGAUUUAAGCACAUCAAACCCAGGACAAGUUGGUGGGCAUAUACAUGAGAUUUGCGUCGCACUGCUUGAAGAAUGUAAAAACUUGCGUUCGUCCGUUUCCCGCGUAGCCAUCGCGACCUUCUCGACCCUCUUUGCACAUUUAAAAGGAAAAAUGGACUCAGAGAUUGAGAAGAUCGGUGCGGUGCUUAUGAAUAAAUCCGGAGAUGUUUCCAACGCCUUCAUCCGUGAUGAUGCAAAUGAGGCAUUAGAAAAGAUGGUUACCUAUGGGUCUCCAAUGAAAGUAUUGCUGGUGCUCAGCCAAGCUGCAAAAUCGAAACACGUGACCAUUCGGGCUUCUUGUGGGCAAUUUUUAUCUCAACUCAUGCAACGUGUCGGCUAUGCAAAUGCGUUAAACAGCCCGGAAAUCAUGGGGAAACUCAUUCCAUUAAUCGUCAACUUGGCCAAGGACCAAACGCCAAACGUGCGGCAGCCAGCGAAAACUACCUUAUUCCAACUCAGCCAGCAACCAGGGUUUGAGGAGAAGCUCAGGAGAGGUUGCUUGGAAGCGGAUUGUCGUAGCGUCAAGGAUAUUUUGACCCAUAUCCAAAAGAAGGGAGGUGCCGACUGCCUUGAUUCAACAAGCACAAGCCUUGCCGGAAGCUUAUCUCGAAGCGGCUCCUUCAAAAAAAGCGCCGCCGUACAGAGGAAACUCCCGGACAACAUCCAGCUCGAUCUUGAUGAGUGCCGCAAGGACCUGACAGCGGCGGGCUGGGAGAAUAGGUUGACUGGCCUCCGGAAGUUCGAAGACCUGGCCAGAAGUAUUGGAAAAGCAGUGGCAGGGGAUACGAAGUUAAUGGAAGCAUUUAUCGGACGGCUUUCCGAUAUCAAUGGAAAGGUAUCGCUUGAGGCGAUGGAUACGUAUCUGGCUACGCUGCCUAGUAUGGCAAAACUUUAUUCCGGAGAAGCGGGACUGAAAGCUGUGUUGAAUCAGCUUUUGCUUGCCCUAUCUUCGCAUUUACCUUCAAAAAGCGAUGAACAUCGACAACUGGCACAAAAAUGUUUAUCGGAAACUGUUCGGUUAAUUGACGGAAGCGCUUUAUCCCCAGCCGUCGCAGCCGCCGCUCGGAAAGCUAACGUUAAACAACGGCCAUUUAUGCUUCACGUCUUUUCAACGCUCAACGACACGCUCUACCGUACGAAGCCCAAACAGGUCGAGAUCCAGGCGCUGCCGAUUCUUAUUGACACGAUUCGGACACCACCGGCUGAUGCUGAGAAUAAGAAGGCUGCCCAUGACUUCGCCCGUUCCCUGGCCAAAUUGAUGGGUGAGCGAGGGCUUCUGGAUGCAGUUGGCGGUGGGCUCGAUCCGGCAAAGAAGCAACAGCUCGAGACCAUUAUCCGACAGCGA